CUGAUUAGUGAUCCUUCCGAGAACGGCAUGUUGUUAUGGUUGUCGUCAUCGUCGCUCGUGAUGUUACAAAGCAGGAGAUUGAAUAUAUCUGCUGGCCGCCACGUAGGGUAUAAGUUGCGGAGUGGACACCACUGAUUGAAGAGGCCACCACAGAAGUCAAACUCAUCACUAAGCAAGCAUUCAUGGCUGGAAUUACCCCCCUUGUUUUCGUGACCGGUGCGACCGGCUUCAUUGGUUCUCAUGUCGUUACUACGACCCUCCGAGCUGGCUACCGGGUUCGUCUGAGUAUCCGCAAAGCCGAGCAAGAAGCCACCCUGAGGGAGCUCUUCCCUGGAUACGACUAUAAGAUCGAAACAUGCAUCGUUCCCGACAUCUCUCAGCAGGAGUCUUUCAAGGAAGCACUCCAAGGAGUCGAUUAUGUCUUCCACCUUGCCUCUCCGACACCCGGAAAAGGAGACGACUUCAAGCAAGACUAUGUUGAUCCCGCCGUCAAAGGCACAGAAGCAAUUCUUUAUGCUGUUUUGGAGUUCCCGCAGAUUAAGAAAGUCACCGUCGUGUCAUCAGUUCUGGCCUUGGCCCCUGUGGGUUUUUUGAUCGCGAAAGAUCUUGUACUAGCUGAUAACACCGGUGAAGUCAUCCCAGUUGACAUCUCAAUGCAAUUCCCCGAGGGAUUCGCCGGCCAUGCAUUAAAAUACGCUGCCUCCAAAGUUCUGGCCCACCAAGCGACUCGCUCGUUCUUGAAGGACAACCAGCCUCACUACACCCUGAUCAAUUUCCACCCGACGUUUGUUCUAGGGCACAGUUUGAUUCAGAAAACCGCCGAGCAGAUAAGCGGGAUGAAUGCUCUCUUCUGGCUGUCGGUCAAGUCCGGAAAGACUCGAAUUUCGAACGCGUGGGUACACGUUUCCGAUGUCGCGGACGCACAUGUCAAAGCCCUGGGGACCGAUAUCAAGAGCGGAACGGAGUUUAUCCUGUCGAGACCGUCCGUUUCGUGGGACCAUGUUGCGGAUUUCAUCAAGACCAAAUAUCCUGCCGCUGACUGCAAGCUGGAGCCGCCUUUUGAGGGGAAUUGGAAGCUUGACACCACUGCCGCUGAUACCAUUUUGAAGAUGCACUGGCGAUCAGAGGAGACGAUCAUUGAGGAUGUAGUUGAGCAGCAGUUGGACUUGAUUGCGAAUGUUCCUAAUUAGUGAGACAUGUCGAAAUUGUUUUGUUCAUGAAGUCAUGCGGGGCGUUGUUUCCACAUUUGAGAUAUGAAGCCAUGUAAUCAAUUCUAG